AUGCCUGCCGCAAAGGCCUACGUCUUCGGUGAUGAAGCAUUGGAUGCAAAGUUUCAGAACACAGUCCUCGGCACUAUGAUAAUAAGAACCGGAACACUUAUUGACAGCUGGAGCGCGAGAAGAUUUUGCCCCACGGUCAGCGUGGUUGACUAUGUGUACCAGCACACAGCGGAGGAUGCGCCUCUCUGCACGAUGCUUAUCGAUAUGUGGACGUAUUUUGGGGAUCCUUCGUGGCUGUUAGAGGGGACGGACGUCAUCCCGCCGGCGUUCGCUGCGGAGACAGCAGUGAAGGCCCUCUGUUGGCGGCCUGGCUACCAUGUUUGGAAUAAUCUCGAUCGUGAUUCGUAUCAUAUCAAUGAAGACUAG